UGUUUUAUCUUUUGUAUAUUUUUCUAAAGGUUGAAUUGAUAAAAGGCUCAGGAAUCAUCGUGAAUGCGUGGAAGCUUCGAAGUAUCAAGAACACGUACAGCAAAAAUCCGAAAGAGAUGGCUCGCAAACUCAUGAAAAUGAUUAUUGGAGUUGAACAAUUAAAGAAAAGUUCACCAACUGGAAAGAAUGGCAGAAUUCCUAUUCCAACAGACGUGUUUGAAGGUGUCGAACAAUUCGUAAAUGACAACGUAGCGAAAAAUAAGUAUCAAAUUAGCCAUAAAUUGUACAGAGAAACCAUGACUGCUAUGUACGCUACACUGCGUAAUCCAAAACCCAAGGCAGAAGAUAUGAAAAAAAUUAUCAACGUACAACGUGAAGAAGUCAAACCUGAUGAAAAGAACAAUAAAGAAGAAGCUACGGCAUCGAAAGAACAAGAUGAUUUUGAGCAAGACUUAGAAGAGCUAUCAGAUGGUGAUUUUGAGAAAGACUUAGAACAGCUAUCAGAUGGUGAUUUUGAGAAAGAUUUAGAAGAGCUAUCAGAUGGUGAUUUUGAGAAAGAAAGUGAUGAAAUUAAGAAGAAUAAGGAAACCAAGAACGAUGAAAAAAUUGAAUAAGAUGAGAAAUCUGAAGAAAAGAAGAAACAAAAACGCCCACGCAAAACUCAUCCUCCGGAAACGCUUCAAACUACAAAUAGCACAAGAGUUAUGCGAGAAAAGAAUCCUAAAAGGCCAAUCUCCAGUGGCGAUUUGCCAAAGCAACCUUUUGAAAAAAAAAACGCGCACCAAAUAGUUAUUUUGCAAAAAAUUAUCUUACAGUAUAAUAAUAAAUCUUCUUGCUUAAGUU